ACACGCGCCAGCACACAAACAUCUCAGCAGCAAAGUGAGACUCCUGGAUUAGCCCACAUCCAACCCAGGACCCAUCUGAAUGGAAUCUGCGCCUGGACGAAGCAAAGGCAACUGCAGUCAUCAGCUGAACUUUUUUGGAGGGUGUUCCUUUUCCCUUAUAUGGCAACAGAGCUGAGAAAUCAUUUGAAUUAGUCUGGUUUCUGUUGCAUGCCUGUCUGGUUUUAGUGCUGACUGAGUUCCAUCUGGUAUGUUUCUGUCUCCGCUCUGUGCAUGUGUGAGUGCUGUGUGUGCGGCUCGGUUUGUUUGUUUUGCCUUCUUGGUCCUUCGUUUCCUGUUGUUUGCAUGUGGGGCUUUUGUUUUGGGACACGAUGAGAGCUUGUGUUUGUGGUUGAGCUAGAGGCAGUGUCAUCGCCUGAGGGCGGCUGCCCCAUUCAAACGCUGCACCUCUUGCUGUUUUGCCCUCUACCUCCUCUCUCCCUCCUGCACACUGCUGUGAUGAUCCGUGACUGUUGGAGCAACACGCCCACCCUUGUGCAGCAAUUUGCAACCAAGAACUGAGGCAGGGGCCCGUAUAGCAGGGUCUGAGAGGAGGUGUUGUUACAGUGGACUGAUCUCACCAUCAUCAGCCGGAUGCUUCUUUCUUCCUACAAUCCAACAGGAUGUUUGACAGAAAAGGAACCAAUAGGAACACGGGAAAGGCCAGCUGACGGAGACAAGGUGUUGGGUCGUUUGACACUUUGAAAGUGACCAUGGAAAACAUAAACACUUAAAUGACCACUCAGCACAAUCUGGCACUGACAACCUAAGUGAGCGUCUGCCAGUGUCAAUGCCAUCAGAGAAACUCCGGCGUUAAGAGUUGUGUUAUGUCACGUUCAUCAUCUCACGUGGAUGACUUUUAUGAACCCGUCUUUCAACGUUGAUUGCCAUGGCAACGGCGGUGUGGUAUCAUCGUGACAUCAGCCGCGUCCACGCGGAGGACUUGCUGGCACGAGCAGGGAGGGAUGGCAGCUACCUAGUGAGAGACAGUGAAUCUGUGCCAGGUGCCUAUGCUUUGUGCCUACUGUUUCAAUGUCAUGUCCACACCUAUCGUAUUCUCCCUGAUGCAGACGGCCUCCUUGCGGUGCAGACAACACAGGGGGUGCAGGUGAACUGUUUCCGGACCCUGGAGGACCUGGUGUUGGGGUACCAGCAUCCCCACAAAGGCCUCGUCACUCCUUUACUCUACCCAGUUCCCCGUGAUACUGACACAGGCGAUGAGAGCUCAGAUGACGAGAAGCCACCCAUAGUUCCACCUUCUGUCAACACAGCACUUUCAUCUGCACCACCAACUAAACCAGGCCCUCCCGUCCCAUUCCUUGAUAAAUUACAGGAGUUGAACACAUCCAGUGCUGCGAGUGAUGUGAUGGGUCUGCUCAAUGACUACCUCUUCAAUGAGCUGCCUCUUGACAUUGAGAAUGUGCAUAAAGGGGCAACAACUCUUUGCCACCUCAAGCGAACGCUGGGCACUGCAUGCCAGGGUCUGAACAGUGAGAUUGACCUGACUCUCUCAAGUCUGGAAACCUUGGCCAAGGUCUUUGACCAUCCAAGCUGCUCUUUAACACAAAACAAGACCCAGGGUCCAGAGAUGGAAAUUGACUCCUUGUUGUGUAAGAUGUCAGCUCUGGUCAGCCUCCUUUCUUCUCUGGAGAAAAAGGUGUUAAAAGCCCUACAAGACGCAGUGACCAAUCACAACCUGGCAGUGCAGCCCAAUCCACCCCCACCUGAGCCAACACCCACCAUCAUAACACCUGUAAAGAACCACGCCAGACAGACGCCAGUCCACUCGUAUCAGGUGAAGAUGGUGAGGUACGGCAGACAAACUGUUUCUGUUGAUGUGGACACAGGGAUGCUGCUUUUUGACAGAAAGGCUGGUUCAUUUGGGAUAGAGAAGGUUUCACAUGACAGACUCCUUCAGAUUGUCAAGUUUCAGAGCUGUCCAGCCAAGGUACGCAUGGUGGUUGACAGCCAUCACAACACACCACGCGAGAUGACGUUUGAGAGUGCACGGAAAUGUGACUCUUUCUGUCAACUCCUCCAGAUGAUGAAAAGCAGGCACUCUCAGCUCAGUGAACCUGACAUGCUCUCUGUGUUUGUUGGCACCUGGAAUAUGGGUGGCUCCCCACCUCCUCGUAACCUGCAGACAUGGGUGACCUGCUGUGGUUUGGGAAACACCCCCGACGAGUCGACCGCCUUUCUCCCUCAUGACAUCUACGCCUUGGGGACUCAGGAAAACCCUCAGGGCGAGAGGGAAUGGACAGAACAUAUCAAAGCAACCCUGCGCGGCUAUACUCACAUUGACUUCAAACAGGUGGCAGUGCAGUCCCUCUGGAAUAUGAGGCUGGCCGUGUUCGUAAGGCCGGAGCAUGAGUCUCGCAUCAGUCAUGUGAACACAGCCAGUGUGAAAACUGGCCUGGGGAACACAUUAGGAAAUAAGGGAGCUAUUGGCAUCUCAUUCCUCUUCAAUGGGACAUCUUUUGGCUUUGUUAACUGUCACCUGACGUCUGGAAGUGAGAAAGUCCUGAGGAGGAACCAGAACGUUGUGGACAUCCUCCGACUGCUUUCUUUAGGAGACAAACAGCUCAGUGCCUUUGACAUCAGUCUGCGCUUCACUCACCUCUUCUGGUGCGGAGACCUCAACUAUAGACUGGAUCUGGAUGUACAGGACAUCCUGAAACAUGUGUCCAAGAGAGAGUUCGAGCAGCUCAUGUGUGCAGACCAGCUGACUCGAGAGAGACUCAAGAGGAAGGCCUUUCUCAAUUUCAAGGAAGAAAAGAUCACCUUUCCACCCACGUAUCGGUAUGAGCGCGGCGCCAGAGACUGCUACCUAUGGCAAAAGUACAAGACUUCCGGCGUGCGAGUCAAUGUUCCAUCGUGGUGUGACAGGAUCCUGUGGAAGUCGUAUCCAGAGGUGCACAUAAUAUGCACUGCAUAUGGCUGCACCGAUGACAUCUUCACAAGCGAUCAUUCACCUGUUUUUGCCACGUUCCAAGUAGGAGUGACGUCACAGUCCAAAACAGAUUCAAAUCCAAGCAUGGAGAGGGCCUGGAUAGAACUCGAAGGCAUCGAGGCUAUUGUGAAGACUGCAAGCAAAGCAAAGUUCUUCAUUGAAUUUCAUUCUUCUUGCCUUGAAGAGACAAGACGCUCAAGUGAGAACGACUCGCAGAGCUGCGACAUUCCUGGUUUUCUCAAACUGGGCUGGUCCUUCAAACAACUGCCUAAGCUUCUUCCCGUCAUGUCUGACAUGGAGCACCUUCAGGAUCAGCACCUGCUCUUGUCUGUCAAGUCAUGUGAUGGGUUUGAGUCCUAUGGUGAAUGCUGUGUAGCUCUUCGCUCGCUCACUCGUGCAUCAGAACAGUUUGAGACAUUUCUGAGUCACCGGGGUGAAGAGCUGGGCUCCAUAAGAGGAAGGGUCAGGGUCCACGUGCCCAAGGACAGACGAGGAACGCGGGAGAAGAUCUAUGAGUGGUUCUGUUUUGAGAAAGAUGAAAAACACCCCGGAAGAGGAUGCGUGUCUCCAGUUUCUGCACGGGUCCCAAUAAAUAGGUCCUCGGCACUUCCUCCUAAACUAACUCCGAGCAGCUAUACCAAUCCUGCCUACUUUAUCUUUGAAGGCGUGUCAGUGACGCGCAGGGUGGAGGAGGCACAACCGCUGCAAAGGGACCCUCAGGUUAUCUGGUCUGGUAACGAGGCCUUGCAGCUCCCAAAAAUCUCGGGACGCCAGAGCUUUGACAGAAGACCCUGCCGCAGAUCAGACUUUACAGAGAUAGAAAUUCCAGCCAUCCUGCCCCAGUACGCUUCAACCAGUGACCUUCAAACACCCCAAACCGACUCCUCCUAUCAGCUUUUCCCUGCCAAAGACCCGUCUCCCAUAUCUCCGCCCUCGAGUAAUGUCAUCUCACAGUACCAGGAGCAGAUUUCACAACCCAGAGACACAUACCACAGUAAAAAUAUUGUCCAGGACUCCAUACUGCCUGAGAAGAACAGGAGGAACUUGUACAUGAAUCACUCGGCAGUCAUCAGAGAGAAAAACAGAAAGGAUCAACAUCAGCUGCUCCCAGAGAGGACCAAUCCUGUCCACGCUGCCAAAGUGCCGUCAGCUUUCCCCUAUGCCCCCACACACAUAUCACACCAUCAGGCCUCCGCUCCCUGGAUGGUGGAUCAGCAGUUACCUGGACCUACAGGGGACAACUCCCUCACUGCUUUGCAAAUUGCAAAGUCUCUGAGUGAGGUUGACUUCUUCCCCACAGAGCAGAGAGGCCCAACCAUAAUCAACCAAAGGCCGAGUUAUAGAAAUGGGCCUUCACUGCAUGGAGACAGAGGCUACGGCUGGGAAAAAGAGGUGUCUGUCCUCCAAGGUGCACCAGAGACGGUGCGGGAGCUACUCACUACUCUGGGUCUCCAGAAAUACACUCUGGGACUCAGUCUCAAUGGCUGGGAUGAUCUGGAUUACUUCAGUGGCAUCACUGAGGAGGAUCUACAUGCUGCAGGAGUGACAAACCCAUCGCAUCGACGCAGGAUCCUUAAGAACCUGCCCAGGAACUGGACCUGACGAUCACAAAUACCAAACAGAGAUGGCACACGCCUCGUAGUCUGUUCAAUUUGGAACGGAGAAAGUGCUGGAACUGAGAUCUGAAGAGAGGACAAAUUGGUUGAUCUGAUAUCAAUCACAACAGCUGGACUUGAUCUCAGCCCUGCCAUCUUCAUAUGGCGUGAAUGAAUGAAAGAACACUUCAUUCCAUGUACAUUUGUCUUAUUACAUCAUUAUUAUUAUUAUUAUUACAGAUUUGAUGAGUCAAACAUGAAAAAUCCAGAUUCCCUUUUUAGGCCAAUGUGAAAAUGUGUUCUAGUUUCAUUUUUGAAAAGCUGAUAAAAACACUCAUAGUUUACAAAUAUGCCAUCAUUUUUUUCAUUUUUUGACUUCCAUUUUUGUAAAGGAAAUCAUUUGAGAUGAAGGUACUCUAUUCAUUGCAUAGUCUGCUUUAUUCAUCGUUUGACUUGACAGACAGCCAGACAGAGGUUUGUGAUAUGGAUUGAAUUCCUUAAUUUGUAUGUAUCUCUUUUUACUGACUCCUGCACAAACGUUUAUUAUGGCAGCAAAGUCUGAAAUUGAUUUUGUUUUAAAUGAUGUCUAAACGACUAUAAAAAAAAUGUAACACUUCAAUUUCCAGUGUUCACACAAGGCUGGUGUUUACCGUUCACUUUCAUCCCCUUUACUGUGUGCUUUCCAUUAUUCUGCUAUUAUUGAGCCCCGGACCUGAGCUUGUAAAAGCCCUCUAUUAAACCUAUGGAGCAUAAAAUCCAUAGUUGUACUUAUCUACUUGAACAUUGUCUGUAAAUAUGGCAAAGAUGGACCUGCCGUAGCUCAUAUUGUUUACUGUCUCCGACUGUUACUAUCAUGUCACUUAAUCACUAUCUUAUGCCCACUCUGCAUGUUUUAUGCAACCUUUAUAAAGUAAAGUGCAUAAAGCAACUCUUGACUGUCA